CGACAUGAGCCAGAGCCACGCGCAGCCUCGGCGAGGCUCCAGUGAUUUCAGUAUAGAGCGCAUCCUCGCCAAGGAUGAUCAGUCGCCUGCCAGCUCGACUCCGCCAACUCGAGCUUUCGACGCCGUAACGACUUCCAAGCUCACGGCCGACGCCUCGGCUUUGCGCUGCUUGCAACACUUUUCCCACCUUCAAUCGCUGUCAGUCUCCAAAGUUCGCAUCAACGAGUCUCGAGAAACUCAACAAAUCUCCUCUCAAAUACUCAUCCACAGUGUUAGUUAUUAAAUUGUUUGAGAAAUCGACCAUUAUUUUUCGAGUGCAUAUUUGACAACAUUCAAGUUCAGGAUGCAGCGCAUUAUUUUCAAAUCUACUAUCGAUCCUUCAAAAAAAAAGGAAGAACAAAAUUUAAAAAAUGUUACUAGUGAAGAACUAACUUGGUUAAGGUGUACAAGAUAUCGUCCCCCUAAAUUACCGAGAAAAUCUAGUGCCAAUAAAAGGCUCAAAAGAAAACCUGGAUCCCAUCCGCGAAUACCAUUUACAACGUAUCAACUGGAAACACUGGAAAACAAGUAUAAAACAAGUGCCUAUUUAUCAAGAAAAGACGUAGUGCAUUUAUCUGAGUUAUUAAAUCUUCCGCAAAGUCGAAUAAAAAUUUGGUUUCAAAAUCGACGUGCUCGAGAGAGAAGAGAAUUUCAAAUCACUGAGUCCCUGCAAUCAACGUGACAGCUGUUAUUGUCCAACGCAAUAUUUAAGAUGAUGAUUCUUUCAAUAUUUGUCUAUGUUAUUUCAAUGCCCAAAUAAACAUUGAUUU